AUGCCGAAGAGGACACCUCCUGCCCGGGUGCUCGUAGAUACAGACGAAGAUUACGAGGACCGUUUGUCGUGUAGAAAUCCUUCGACGCUAAGGCUCAGUGCUCAGGCAGGGGUGUUGGCCUUGACGCGGGGCGGCGGCAGGGAAGUCCCGGCUGGUCGGCAGAGUUUCUUAAGCGCGUCUGUAAGAAUUACAUAUAUAAAGAGGCUGGAAGAUCUUUUGAGCAUUAGACUUGAAGCAUCUUCAGUUUACACACCUGAUCAGCACCUCUAUACCAAAAUGUACAGGACCGGACUCCUCCUCCUGGCCGCCGCGCUGCUUCCCUUGGCCUCCGCCUAUGGCGUCCCGAGGCAGCCUCCCCAGCAGGUGCCUUCCUAUCAGCAGACUCAGCAGGAAAUUUCUCCAAUCCUCUUCCCUUCCGAAUCCGGGCCUGAGCAGCAGAAGCUCUGCCCCGCCAGCACCGUCUACCAGAAGGUCACGGAGACGGAGGUCGUCCCAACCUAUGUCACCAAGACGCUUGACCGCUACGUGACAGAGUACGAGACGCAGGUCCAGACGCAGUACCAGACCGUGGCCACUACAGUUGUCCAGCCUUCCUACAUAACCGAGACCGAGUACCAGACCAACUAUAAGACCAAUUAUGAGACCGAAUAUUUAACCGAGACUGUGCACAACACGCAGACCAUCCACUCUACAUACACACAGGUCGAUACAACCUCCGUAUACGUCACCAAGACGCAAGAUCACUACGUCACCAACACCUACACCGUCACAGCUACUAUUACCUCAUCAGUACCUCAUUACGUCACCACCACAUCAGAGAUCAACAACUACGUCACCGUGACAAAGGAAUGCAACGCUCCUAUCAAGAAUGGCGGCUACGGAUAUGGGAAGUAAUUCGCAGCCGAACAACCAAGCAAGAGCCGAAUGUGCCGCGUUACUCAGGAACUCACUCAAGGCUCCUUCUCAAGAGGAGGUUGGAGACGCUUCGGAAUGGAAUCCGGAGAGGUUGAGGGAAUAAGGGCAUUUAUAGAAUGAGAGAGAGAGAGAAAGAGAGAGAGAGAGAGAGAGAGAGAGAGAGAGAGAGAGAGAGAGAGAGAGAGAGAGAGAGAGAGAGAGAGAGAGAGAGA